AUGGCAUUUGUGUUGGUGUUACUGAUGUCAACCCAAGUGUUGGGAAAAUUAUCUGGUAUAGGUGGUCGUGGCAGCGGCAAAAGCGGGCAUUAUAUACAUGGAGCAGGCGGUGCUCGUGCUGUUGUCGGGGAUGGUAUAAGAGCUCAAGGUGGUUCCAGCGGUGGUUUUGCAGCCGGAGAUGGAGGUGCAAGUUCUAAUAUAAGAACGGGAGGAGGAGUUGUUGGUGACGGAGGUGGAAAAAGUGUUGGUAGCAUUGUUAGAAAUAAUGCCGGUGGUUCUAGAAAAGGUGAUAGUGGCGUUAUUGGAAGUGGAAGAAACCGUAUAGAUGGUACUUUUCAAGGUGAAAUAGGCGUCAUGUAUGGUGUUAGUGGUUUCGUUAGAAGAGGCGGUCACAGGCGAGUUGUAGGAAGUGGUGCUAGAAGAGGUGAUCACAAAGGAGUUUCUGAUAGCAUUGUUGUAGGAAUUGGUAAUAGUGGUGCUGCUGGAGGUACUACAACUAGUAGCGAUACGUCUAGUGGUGAUAUUAGUGGUGCUGGUGGUGCCGGUGGUGCCAGUGGUGCCGGUGGUGCUGGUGGUGCCAGUGGUGCAGGGGGAGCUAGUGGUGCCGGUGGUGCUAGUGGUGCCGGUGGUGCCACUGGUGCUGGUGGGGCAAGUGGUGCUGGUGGUGCUAGUGGUGCUGAUGCUGGUGGUAGUGGUGGUGCUAGUGGUGGUGCUAGUGGUGGUGAUAGUGGUGCUGGUGGUGCAAGUGGUGCUGGUGGUCCUAGUGGUGCGGGUGGUCCCAGUGGUGCGGGUGGUCCUAGUGGUGCUGGUGGUCCCGGUGGUGCCAGUGGUCCUGGUGGUGCUGGUGGUGCCAGUGGUGCCGGUGGUGCUGGUGGUGAUGAUGAUGGUCUUAGUGGUAGUGUUGGUGGAGAUGGAACUGCUACUAGUACCGAUGUUUCUAGUGGUAGUAUUAGUGGUGCUGGUGGUGCCGGUGCUGCUAGCGGUGCCGGUGGUGCUGGUGCUGCUAGCGGUGCUGGUGGAGCUAGUGGUGCUGGUGGUGCUAGUGGUGCAGGGGGUGCUACUGGUGCUGGUGGCGCAAGUGGUGCUGGUGGUGCUAGUGGUGCUAAUGCUGGUGGUACUGGUGAGAGUGAUGAUACUAGUAGUGAUGGCGGUGCUACUGAUACUGGUGGUGCAAGUGGUGCUGGUGGUACUGGUGGUAGCAGUGGUGCUGGUGGUUCUGAUGCUGGUGGUAAUGGUGGUUCUAGUGGUGCUGGUAGUGCUAGUGUUGGUGCUAGUGGUGCUGGUGGUGGUGGAGCAAGUGGUUCUGGUGGUGCCGGUGGAAGUGCUGGUGCUGGUGGAAAUGCUGGUGCUGGUGGAAAUGCUAGUGCUGGUGGAGGUGCCCAUGCUGUUAAGUUUGUUGGUAAUGUUGUUUGA